GAGUCUGGUGUGAUUGGAAAGAGGUGGAGCUGAAACCGCUUCCCGAAGUUAUCUCUUCAGAAAGGGAAAUAUAUUUUACCAUCUAGCUGCUGUUAUAGUGUAUUUAUCCAGCGGUCCCCUUGUCUUCGAUUGAGACUCUGAAGCUGAAGCGGUAAAACUUCCUUCAAUGGCGGCACAGUGUGUGACCAAAGUGGAGCUUGCAGUCUCCUGUGAAAACCUUUUGGACAUGGAUGUGCUCUCCAAGUCUGACCCCCUGUGUGUCUUGUUGAUGAAUGCAUCUGGAAAUCACUGGUUUGAGGUGGCCCGCACAGAGAGAGUUCAGAAUUGCCUGAGUCCCAAAUUUGCCAAGAAGUUUGUCGUUGAUUAUCACUUUGAAAUGGUACAGAAACUUAGAUUUGGCAUUUAUGAUAUAGACAACAAAACCAUUGAUCUGAGUGAUGAUGACUUCCUUGGAGAGUUGGAGUGUUCCUUGGGUCAGAUUGUGUCCAGUGGGAAGCUGACCAGACCACUGAUCUUGAAGAACAAAAGACCAGCAGGAAGAGGAACCAUUACAAUCAUUGCAGAAGAAAUUAAGGAUAAUAGGGUGGUGAAUUUUCAAGUUGAGGCCAGGAAACUGGAUAAAAAGGAUUUCUUUGGAAAAUCAGACCCCUACCUGGAAUUCUACAGGCAAAUGGACUCAGGAUGGCAGCUUGCCCACAGGACAGAGGUGGUGAAGAACAACCUUAACCCUUGUUGGAGACCUUUUAAAAUCCCUCUGCAGUCUCUCUGUGGAGGAGAUAUGGACAAACCCAUCAAAGUGGAAUGUUAUGACUAUGACAAUGAUGGGUCACAUGACCUUAUUGGGAUUUUUGAGACGAAUAUGAAACGCAUGCAGGAGGCUACACGCACUUCACCGGCAGAGUUUGACUGUAUAAACAUGAAGAAAAAGCAGAAGAAGAAGAACUAUAAGAACUCUGGUGUUGUGAGUGUGAAACUCUGCCAGGUUGUGAAGGAAUAUACAUUUUUGGAUUACAUCAUGGGUGGCUGCCAGUUAAAUUUCACUGUUGGAGUGGACUUUACAGGGUCAAACGGUGACCCAAAGCAUCCUGAUUCUUUACACUAUAUCAGUCCUAAUGGGGUCAAUGAAUACCUUUCUGCUAUCUGGUCUGUUGGCCUGGUGAUUCAGGAUUAUGACAGUGACAAAUUGUUCCCAGCUUUUGGAUUUGGGGCACAGAUUCCUCCAAACUGGCAGGUGUCUCAUGAGUUUCCACUUAACUUCAAUCCAUCUAAUCCAUUCUGUGCUGGAGUAGAGGGCAUGGUGGAAGCUUACAGGUUGUGCCUGCCCCAGGUCAAACUUUAUGGACCUACAAAUUUUGCUCCCAUCAUCAGACAUGUGAGCAAUUUUGCCAGGCAGGUGCAACAACAGAAUGCAGCCAGUCAAUACUUUGUUCUGCUCAUUAUCACGGAUGGUGUGAUCACAGACAUGGACCAGACCCGAGCUGCCAUCGUAGCUGCUUCCCAUUUACCCAUGUCCAUCAUAAUUGUGGGUGUGGGCGGGGCUGACUUCACUGACAUGGAGAUCCUGGAUGGGGAUGACGGACGUCUGAGAUCUCCAUCAGGAGAGCCAGCUGCACGGGACAUUGUGCAGUUUGUGCCUUACAGAAAGUUCAUGAAUGAUCCUAAAGAAGCAUUGGCACAGAGUGUGCUGGCAGAGGUUCCUGGUCAGGUUGUUGAUUUCUUCAACAUGCUCAAGCUCAGCCCUCUUAAUUCAAGUACUCCUGUAGCUGGUUCUGAUGGGCAAGUGAAGUUAAAUGCCUAAUGCUGCUUCAGCAACAACUAGGAAGAGACUUCACCAGCUCCAGGCCAUGCUUCAUUCCUGUACAGUGCACUAGUCCCUUGCUAAGUAAAUGACUAAUGAAGCAUGUAAAAAGCAUGUAAAAAGUCUAUGCUAACUUGCCAUUUUAAAGAGCAGCUCCUCACACACAGCUUAUUUGGGGUAAUAAACUUCAUAUCUACUGGGAACAAAUUUUUAUAUUAAUCUUGUGAUCCAUUGCAUACAUUUAUACCGUACAUUUACUCAUUUAUCACAAGAAAAUGCCAUACUUAACCUCCAUGCUCAGUGACGAUGAACGGUAGUUGUAAGUUGCAGGCAGUGUGAUUUUGAAAAGCAUACACUGCACAAUACAUCAAGAUUACCGUUUCAAAAUGAAUCUAAAAGACUUAAACGCUGAAGCAUUUUAUCCAGCAAAUUAAAUCUGUGGAAAGCUUUUGUUACUGGUGCGGAAACAAGAUUUUAAAAUCUGCGCUCCACCAGUUUCUCAUUUAUAAAUGCACCUGAAAACAAUCGUUUCAUCUGCUUUCAGUCAGGCAGAUGACCACAAGAUAUGUUUAUUUAAAACAAGAUGUGUUUCAACAGCAAUCAAAUAAGCUCAUGCUCCGAGUUGCUCUUUAAUAACAACAGACAGUUGUAUCAUGCAACUGUUCACUAAGGCUAUGUUCACAUAACAGAAUUGACGUGCUACCAACACUGUUUUUGCCUAAGUGGUGCACAGAGCUAUGUGAACCUAGAAGACACAUCUUUUCAAUCUGAUUUGAACACUUUAUUUUUAUUUCCUGUACAAAACUAAGAUGUUGUACUUUGCUAUACCUAGUUUACACCCUUAUUUAAAUACAAUUGUGAACCAUCAAGGCAAAAAUAUCAGAUCUGAGCAAAAAAAAAAAUCUCAAUUGAGCAUUAAAGCUAUUCAAUAUGAACAUAGCCUAGAUAUGUGGUUACACCUCGUGGGUCAUGUGUGUCUUUUUUUUUUUUUUUUUAAUCUUUUUUGGUUUUGUUGAAUCCUGUUUGUUGCCUUAUAGAUCAGGCUUUCAGCAAUACUAUAAUUUUUUUUUAUUCAAACUGGAUGUAUUUUGAUGUGUUGUCAUAAAUUUCUUUAAUACUUAGAGGAAAAUUAUUUUUGUCACAGUUUACACAGUUCCUUUAAUGAAAAUGAUUUAAUCAUUAAAGUUGCUUGUGAGCAGUUAUGCUAAUUAAGUGCCAUAAUAUUAAUCACACUGUUUAUUGAUUAUUGUUGAUAGCAUCUGAAUGCCAUCCGAUACCCAUUGUGGGUAGUGUUAUGUUACAAUGUUACAGCACAGGUUGCCACCUCACACCAGGGUUCCUGGUUCGAUUCAAAGCUUGGGUUACUACAUGUGUGGAGCUCUCCAAGUGCCUGUGGGUUUCUUCUGGUUUUCUUUCAAUUGCCAAAAAGAUGCCACUUGGUCAAUUGGCUAUGCCAAUUUGUUCCUUGAUGUGAAUGAAUGUGUACAUGGUGCCCUGCGAUUGACCAUCACCCAGUGUUCCCAGAGUAGACUCCAGGUCCACUGCAGCCCUGACCAGAAUAACAUGUUCACCGAAUGAGUGAAUUGGUAUACGUGUAGUUAUGUUAUUUUAAAUGUUGAUAAGAUUCCUCUUAACUCAUUCCCUGCAACAAAACUGUUAAAAUUUUGUACGUCAAGAAAUUGAGUUAGGUGGCAUGGUGGUGUAGUGGUUAGCGCUGUCGCCUCACAGCAAGAAGGUUUGGGUUCGAGCCCCGUGGCCGGCGAGGGCCUUUCUGUGUGGAGUUUGCAUGUUGUCCGCGUGGGUUUCCUCCGGGUGCUCCGGUUUCCCCCACAGUCCAAAGACAUGCAGGUUAGGUUAACUGGUGACUCUAAAUUGACCGUAGGUGUGAAUGAGUGUGUGAAUGGUUGUCUGUGUCUAUGUGUCAGCCCUGUGAUGACCCGGGAUAGGCUCCAGCUUGCCUGCGACCCUGUAGAACAGGAUAAAGCAUGUGUGUGCGCACAUUUUUAUUUAUAUAUAAUAUAAAAAAAAUACACACACACAAAAAAACAUUUCCAAAAAAAUUGGGAUAUUUUUCCAAAAUGCAAUAAAAAUCUAAAUCUGUGAUUUGUUAAUUCAUAUGAAUCUUUAUUCUCUCAUCUCAUUAUCUCUGGCCGCUUUGUCCUGUCCUACAGGGUCGUACAAAGAAAAAACUUUCAGUAGUUUAACUGGCCAACUUAAUUGUAUUUUGUAAAUAUAAAUGAAGUUUUAAUUUGAUGCCUGUAACACUCAAAAAAAAGUUGGGACAGAGGCAUUAUUACAAAUGUCACCUGUCAUCACCUUUCCUUUAAUAACACUUUUUAAUCAUAUGGGAACCGAGGAUACUGAUUAUUGCAGUUUUGUAAUUUGAUAUAUAAAAUUUCAUAAAGCACUUGCUAUAACUUUGGCUGCUUUUACCCUUUUCAGACUGAUUCCACACUGUUCGUUAUGUUUGUAUAGGGGGUUGAAGUGGCUUGUUUAAUACUGCAAAUGUUUUACCAAACUUUUUUUUUUUUUAUCUUUCCUGUCUUUGGGUGGUUGUCAUGGUAAAAGUUUUUUGCAUACACAUUUUGCAUGUGUGUCUGCAUUCCCUUUUUUUUUUUUAUGACUAGCAUUUCCAGUAAAGGAUUUUUAGGAUUUAUGCUUUACUGUAUAAGCCAUAUAGUGACUAACCUGUUACAGUAUUAAAGGACUGAUUCUAAAUUUAUAAAAUCAUUAUAUGAAUUUACAGAUGAAUAUAUCCAUGCUUAGUUGUAAUAUGACAUUCUCCACUCACUUAGGUUAGAGUUUACAAGUUAAUGUUUUUAAAACAUGGAGUUUGGUAUAAGAAAUGUCCAAGCGAUUAAAAUGAUGCAAAUUCUCACAAUGGGCAACACUGUAGGAAGUGAUAUUUAUGUGUUCUAUAUUGCAUUUAUGUCUGACUGGCAGAUUGUACUUUGUGUGUCUCACUGUGGCGGAACAGGUUUCAGUUCAGUGCCAAGUAAUGAAUUCAUAUUUCAUGAAUAUUGUUACGUGGUUAAUUUAAACACAAUCAUUAUAUAAUCUGAUAACCAUGCAUCAUAUUGUGGUAGGCACAGUGCUUAUAGCAACACAUUUUAUUGCUUCUCUGAAUUUUUGUUUGCUGCUAGAUAAUUUGAUUAAUGCUUACAUCGGUCUUCUGUCCCAAAUUUCAUAAAGAUGUUUUCAUCUCAGGAGUAAAUGGAUUGAACUGGAACAGUGACCUUGUAUUCACUGUGAUCUGUAUUCUUCAGCCAAAGAUGUGAUCAACAUAGAGAUGACUGUUCUAACAGAUCAACCUAUAAGCAUGUAUUGUAAUCCUUAUAUAAAGUGCUAAAUGUACAGUA